AUUAUCUAGCCUCACUUGCGACUAAGUACGAGUAUAAAUGCGUCUGUCAUAAUUUUUGCAUGCCCAACACAAAAGCGUCAAAACACCCGCGUUCCGACAUCAUUUCAAUUCCGGCAGCCAGCCAAACAGUUAGCUCUGAUCUCUGUGCAGUCCAGUUACUAAAAUAAUACUAAAUUAAUUCGCACAUUACGUAUACGCCGCUUACUACAGCCAGACAGUGUUUCGUUGAUUGCCCACUAAUUGAUAAUUUCGGCUUCAAAAUGGCUGCCUUUGUACACUCUAAGCCGGCCAGAUGCCCUCAAUAAAUCGGGAGGAGGAGAGCGGAGUGCAGUAUUCCUACACGGAAGUCAGUACGUUUCAGAUAAGCGAAGGAAACACUCGAAAUAUGUCACCCGAACCGGUCAAGUCCGGUCGUAUUUUUCUGGCAGCAGUGGCAGCCAACUUAUCCGCCUUCGUCGUGGGCACCACCCUCGGCUGGACAUCCCCGAUCGGGCCCAAGCUGAAGGCCGAAGACACCUCGGACUCGCCGCUGAGCAGGCCCAUUACUGCCGAGGAGGAUGCCUGGAUCUCGUCCCUAAUUGCCAUCGGAGCCCUGGUGGCCCCUUUUGUGGCUGGGCCGAUGGCCGACCGCAUUGGCCGCAAGUGGGUGCUCCUGUCCAGCAGCCUUUUCUUCGUGCUGGCCUUCGGCCUGAACAUGGUGGCCUCCGAGGUGUGGAUCCUCUACCUGUCCCGACUAAUCCAAGGCUUCGGCGUCGGCUUCGUGAUGACCGUGCAGCCAAUGUAUGUGGGUGAGAUUUCCACGGACAACGUGCGUGGUGCCACCGGAUCCCUGAUGCAGCUCUUCAUUGUGGCUGGCAUUCUGUACGUCUAUGCCAUCGGACCGUAUGUUUCCUACCAGGCCCUGCAGUGGUGCUGCAUUGUGGUGCCCGUGGUCUUCGACUUUGUGUUCUACCUGAUGCCCGAGAGUCCGUACUUCUUCGCCGGAAAGGGCCGCAAGUCGGAGGCCCUGAGGUCGCUGCAGUUCCUCCGCGGCCAGAGCGCCGAGGGUGUGCACGACGAGAUGGCCGAGAUCCAGGCCAAUGUGGAGGAGGCGAUGGCCAACAAGGGCACCAUGAUGGACCUGUUCCGGAACGCCGGCAACAGGCGGGCGCUGUUCAUCUGCGCCGGCCUGAUCUCUUUCCAGCAGUUGUCCGGCAUCAACGUGGUGCUCUUCAACAGCCAGUCGAUAUUUGCCAGUGCCAACACCGGGCUGGACCCGGCCAUUGCCACCAUCAUCAUCGGGUGCGUCCAGGUGGGAUCCUCGGCCCUGACGCCCCUGGUGGCCGAUCGCCUGGGCCGGAAGGUGAUGCUGCUGACCUCCUCGAGCGUGAUGUCCAUCGGGCUGGCGGCCCUGGGCGGAUUCUUCUACAUGCAGCUGGUCGUCGGAGACAUCUCCAGUGUGGUUUGGAUGCCGGUUCCCGCCCUGAUCAUCUACAACAUUGUGUACUGCACAGGCUUCGGCCCGCUUCCGUGGGCGGUGCUCGGCGAGAUGUUCCCGGCGAACAUCAAGUCGGCGGCCUCGUCGGUGGUGGCCAGCACCUGCUGGACACUGGGCUUCCUGGUGACCUUCUUCUACCCCACCCUGGACGCCCUCGGCUCCUACUACGCCUUCUGGCUCUUUGCCGCCUGCAUGGUGGUGGCCUUCUUCUUCGUGCUUCUCGUCGUGAUGGAGACGAAGGGCCUCAGCCUGCAGCAGAUCCAGGAUCGGCUCAACGGCAAGCGCAACUAGGAAGCACUCCUGAUUCCCUAACGAUUUUUAUCCUACGUCUAAGGUCUAUGUGCAAGUAUUUUAUUGGUUAGAUUUGUAAGCCUAAACUCAAUUGUUACAUGUUUUUCCUGUUAAUUUGUAAACCAAACUAAAAUGUAGUAAUA